AUCCCUCUUCAUUGGGGUCCAUCUUCUUCUACAUCCGAGUCAUUGGCAUCGGCCUCCUUCACCAUCAGUCUCCUUCGGAUUGUAUCCUCGCGAGUCAACAAGAUAUAGUCCGACACCAAGAGUAGUUUACAGGCGGUCCCAUCCUACACGAAGCUACCGCCAGUCAAGUAAAUACAACAUCAGUAGCCUCACAGAAGAGUGCAACACAAGGUCCCUCGCAAUAUAAACUCUGAUACCACGACUUGUCUAAUUCCUGAAGAUAUGACUACUUCAGCGAUCCCAGAUAUUGAACGAGAGUUCACCCUAUUCCCGAAGUUACCUCCCGAAUUACGCGUCAAGACAUGGAAGUACGCUUUACCUGGUCCUCGAGUUAUUCCUCUUUGCAUAGACGAUAGCGGCACGAGACCAUGUCGUUCAGCCAAUGCGCUCAUCACUAUCAAACUUGCUUGCCAUGAAGCUCUCGAGGUUGUCAAGAAGAAUUACGUCAAGUAUGUGCCUGUCUUGAAGUCCCAAUCAGACUUCAUCCAGGAUGACCAAGGACGGCAGGCCUUCAUCUACAUCAAUUACGACCUCGAUACGAUCUAUAUCCAUCAGUGGGGGAGAUUUGAGCAAAUGCAAGAAAAGUGCUUGAGUAGGGCAAAGCACCUGGCGUGGAGAGGAAACGAGUUAUUGUCGCAGAACUUUAGCUGGGCGGUACUUAGAGCGGCUUGUCCAUUGAUGAAAAGCCUCACCCUUCCCGGAACACAGAAUCGCAAUUGGCGGUAUCAUGACGAAGAAUGGAUGUUCCUUGAUAUACCAGACGGUUUCGGACUUGCGAUAGAACUGCCAGAAUGGGAUGGCAGCUGGGACUCCUCAGAACUCGCGGAUUCUUUUGACAAUUACGGAUAUCUUGCACUGAAAUGUGCCGAAGCGAAGCAAGUACGGGAAGAGUUUCACGAGUACGUCAAGAAACACGAAGAAUGGAAGACUGCGGAUUUCCAGAUCGCAGUCCUUGGGCAUCGAGAGAUUGGCUCACUCCCCUGGAGUCUGAGUUACUUUCUGUAUACUCCCGAGGAAGAUGAAGACGGCGAAGUCGACAUCCAUGGCCUGAGCCAUUGGCACGAUGAGCCUGUUUACAUCGAACACCGUGUUCUAGGCUCAUGUCAACCUCGUGAAAAGUUGCCGAAGCGUCAUCGUUGUCGCAUAUGUCGCGAGCAGAGAUGGCUGGAUUACAACGAUGCCUUCUGGCUUGGGGAAGAUGACGAAGCAGAUAUCGACGGCGCGGAAAAGUCCCCCAAAUCGGCCACGAAAUUCCUGAAAGAUUCACCGAAGAAGCACACAGAAAGGGAUAAUUAGGGUGAUGCUGAUUCUGAAGUCUCUCAGUUCUCUGAAGCUGGGAUAUGCGUUUGAGGUAGUCGUUUUUCUCGCUACCAAAGUAU